AUGGCGUCUUCAUUGCUUUUAGCCUUUACGUACUGUAAGUCCGAGAUUGCAGCAUUAUCAGGAGGAAGUGAUGAUGAGAAAAGUGAACCCAAGUACUCCAAAGAAGGACUGGAGGAGAUGGUUGGAACUCAGUGUCGUUCACCAUUCACUGAAAAAUGGGGUGGACAUUCUUAUCACAAUGCUAUUGUUCUGAGUAUUGUGACACAAGAUGGUGAAGCUGACCUACAUAAGCCACAGGUUCGAGUCUUGUUUAGUCAGCCAACGUGUUUGGAAAUGCUACCAUGCCGGUUCUUCUUGUCUGGCCGGUGCAAGUAUUCUGAUGAUGAAUGCCGCUUCUCUCAUGGAAAAAUUGUCUCCAUUUCUGAUAUUAAGGAACACAGAGAACCUGAAUACGACACCAUAGUAACUGGAAGCCGGGUUUUGGUCCAAUAUAAUAAUGAUCUAUGGACAAGUGCUACAGUAGAGGAUGUACUUGAAGAUAGAUCAGCCUUCUGUGUGAAAUACGACAAAAACAAAGAAAUAGCAGAAGUGCAGCUGUCACAGAUGGUUCCUCUACAGUGUGACAAUGAUGGAGAGGAGCAGAGAGAAGAGAGACCUACCUUUGAUGAAGCUAGUGACCCUGAUAGCAGUGAGGAUGAAAGAGCAAUCUUCGUUCCAACUGCAAGUUGGUUUCAGCACACACUAUCACAACGUCUCGGUGACUGGGAAAAGCAUACCAAGGGCAUUGGAUCAAAGCUGAUGGAGAAGAUGGGAUAUGUGGUUGGCACCGGCCUUGGCCCACAAGGAGAUGGCCGAGUGGAACCUGUGACUGCCUAUGUUUACCCACAAGGAGUGUCACUGGAUCGUUGCAUGGAACUUCGAGAAGCAUCAAAUGGAGAGGAGUUGUUAGACGUCGAGAAGCGACUUGACAGAGAACGAAGAAAGGAAGAAGCCAAAUCAGCUCAAACUGCAGAAAGACUCAGAAAGAGAACAUCAGUGUUUGAUAUCAUUAAUAAAAAAUUGGGAGGGAAAGAUCAGACUGCAGAAGAUAGCGAUGAUGAAUCAAAUUCAAAGCCACUCAUGAAUGUCAGUAAGGCUGCACUGCAAAAAGAUUCAACCAAAGAUCUCAACAUGAAGAAUUAUCAGCUCAGUGAAAAUAUUCGUCAACUUCGGAAAGAGGUGGAAAGAAUGGAAUGUUCAAGAGAGAGACAGAGUGGUAAUAAGGCUGCUCUAUCAGUAAUCAACAGUAAGAUAGAGAAUAAAAAGAGUGAGAUACAAAGAUUGCAAGAAGCUGAAAAGAAAGUUCAGGGAGAACAGCAAAGUAGAAAAGAUAAGAAAAAAUUUUGUGUGUUUUAAUACUUCUUCAAGAACUCACCAUUCAUCUCAUAAAUAUAUCAUUUCACUCAAGUUAAUUGUUAAGUAUUCUUUAAUAUAAAUAGGGUUAAGAGUGUAUCAUAGUUAUUUGUGGUAAGAUUUAGUGCACAAAUGAAUAUAAUAGUAGUUCAGUGCAGAAAUAGCAGUAGUUUGAUUAAUGUAGUGUUGUCAUUAAAAUAUCCCCAUUAUGCCAGAAACAGUUGUGAAAGUUUGACUUGUAUGCUACAGAUUUGAAGUAUAUUACACCUAAUACAUUAUUGUAUUGUAACUCAUGAGAUUCAUUACAAUUCUGACAGUAAAACUGUAUAUUAAAA